AUGAGCCGCCAGCGUACAAUCGCAGCCAACUUCGACGAACAGCUGCGCUGCCCUCCUGGAAUGCACGCUGGCCGAGCGGAAGGGGGUUGUGUGGUUUGCGCCCGUCGCUUCUGGGUUAACGAGCUGUACCCCAUGGUCCUGUUUCAGCCACCGGACGCAGACAUGUCUUCAAUCGAGGUGCCCUCCGGUGCCGAGACAGUAUUGCCGAGUCAGCAGGCUCGUCUGUGCCGAUUGCUGGGCAUCGAUCGGUACGCCGAGCGCUGGCCACAGAUACCUCUUUCCGAACUUCAGGCAUCCGCUGUCCAGCACCCGUACAUGGAGGGACAGUAUCUGUUGCUGCAUCGACGGCGCAUGCCAGCAUCACCCUCGGACCCUUGUACGGUUUGCCGAGAGUGUCGCAGCAGUUUGAAAUGCUCCGUUCUCAUGCUUCCAAGGCACGCGCUGGCUAACGAUCUCUGGAUCGGACGCUCUCUGCCCGAGCUGAGCAACCUGUCGCCUGGAACAAAGCGGUUACUCCCUCUCGUGCGGGUCUGCAUGCAGGUGACGGUUUUGCAGCCGCUGUCGCUACCGCGCGAUGAGAGGCAGAAGGGAUACAUCGGCAACACGAUUUUCCUUCCACAGGCCGGCCCUGGAGCUAUUCAGGACAUGGCCGAGAACAUCUUGUUCGUUCUUGUCGGCCAGAAGAAACAGGAACUGAAGUCCAGCAAUGUCUUGCAAGCUCCCAGAGACGAGUACGUUGCAGCCGUGGAGAAACUUCGGACGACCUCGCCUUACUACCGUUCGGUUGCUCUGGACCCGGGCAGACUCCAGGACAGCGUGCUGGAAGGCUGCGUUUUGGAGACUGCCGUUGACAGCUACUACUUGGCCCGUGAACUCUUGCAAAAGGGGCCAGCUGACGCGCAAGGGCAAGCUGAGGAAGACGAGCGCGAGGAGCAGCCUGCCGCGCCAGCCGGUAGCAGCUCGGAGGACGCUGUCUUGCGAAAUCCACCUGCUGCGCUGGAGUCAGGUCAUCUCGUGUCUAGUAUCGUUGGCCUCAACGAUGACUCAGACCAGGGCAACCGCUGGCUUCGAGUCUGCCGCGAUGUGGAAGAAUUGUGCCGUCGCAAGCCGCGGCAAGACUAUACCGAGGCUGAAUCGGUUCUUCGCAAUCGGGCUCAAAACGACUUGGGUCCUGAGCAGGCAGAUGCCGGGGGCUUGUUGGGCCGCGAGGGAGCUCAGGAGCAGCGCGUGCUGAGCCGCGUGCGAAGGGUGCAGUCGCUAGCUAACAGUGUGGAGCACGAGCGCCAGGCUCAGGGCCAAAUGUUCGAAGUGCGACCUCAGAAACUUGUGGUGCCCUCUCGCGACGAGCCCAUGAACAUGUUUCAGCCGGCUACCUGGGCCAUGGCAUUCCCGGAUCUUUUCCCCUGGGGAGACGGCGUGCCUUUCGUCAAGCGCGAGACUGGCAUGGAGGCAGGCGAAGUCUUUCGGUACUUGCUACUUCGUGAGGAGCUGGCGUAUGGAGAUAGCGCCGAGACGCCCCUUCUUCCUCGUUGGAGUCUGUCCGAACAGCUCUUGCCUGUCAUGUACGACACCAACCGCCGACUUUCUCUCAUGCGCACAUCGAAAGCAUACGUCAAACGGAGCGGCUUCAGUCGGCACUGCGCCAUGAUCGCCUCGGUCAGCACGGAGCAGCUGCUGAAGGCUAUGGCGUUGCACGGCGAGAAGGCCGACAUACGUGAGUUGUUGCGCUCACCGGAUGUGGAUGUGUCGCUGAAGCGCGCGUUAGGCGGCGUGCUGCAGGCCAGCGCCAGUGUCCUCGGCACAGAAGGACAUCGCAGUCAAAUUCGACUUCGAGGCCAUGCGGCUGGCUGGCACUACGGCAACGCGCACGUCUUCAUGACGCCCAACCUCGCAGAUUCUCGCGCUGCCCUGCUUCUGCAGCUGCACACGCAGGGCGUGGAUGGGCAGGUGGAGAACUACGAGGUUUCUUUGGGUUGGGAUCUGGAGCAGCCUAUUCUGCCGUGCGUGACCGCCAUGCGUCGGAUUCUAGCUGCCGACCCCGUGUCUCAGGCGAGGUUCUUUGACCUCAUGAUGACCCUAUUUUUCGAAGAAGUCUUGGGAUGUUUGCCGCCCUUCAAGCGAGCCAGCUUUAGGGCGGGUCAGGCCGGGGUCUACGAGGACGGUUUCGCCGCAUCGACCUUCCCAGGCUGCUUUGGGGACAUCGCUGCUUUCUGCGGCCCUCUGGAGACACAAGGACGCGGGUCCAUGCAUCCGCACAUCUUGAUCGUUCUCCUGGGCCACGACCUGGCCAGCCGUUUGCGAUGCAUGAUGGCCAGCUCUGCGCGAGGCGAGCUGGUCAUCGAGCUGGAGCGGUGGCGCGCAAAAGUCUUGGAAGCUGCAUGCCGGAUUCGGUACGACAGCCAGCUUGCGCUGGCGGCGCAGCUGUCCGUCGAAGCCUCGCCGCUUCCUCUUGGCGAACGCCAGCGGGAGUCCGCGGGAGAGCAGUACGCUGAUGUUCCGGCUGGGCCUAAGGAGUUGGACGGCCACGAGCUUGCUGCCAACCAGAGCGCAGAUGCGGGCCCUUUGCGUUUGACAGGCUGCUACAAUUCCCUUCGACCGGCGUAUCUUCGCCGCGGCCGCAGUGAAGAUGCAAUGCCUGGCUCCGAAUGGUCGCGGCAGCUGUGCAAAGAUUAUCGGCGCCUGGUGAUUCAAAAUCACUUCCACAAGUGCACGAAGUCCUGUUUCAAGAAGAAGUCGUCGAAGGGCCACCGCGGAUGUCGCUUCGGUUGCUUUCAUUUGGAGCUGGUGACCGAGACGGAUGACAAGGGCGAGGAGAAGGCGCGCGUAAGAUGUCGCAAGGGCUGGCCUCGGGUGCCGCGCGCUCGCUUUGCUGCUCUUCCUCGUGCGCAUGACACGUUGCCGCAGCAAGAAGCUGCGAAGAACGAGGCGCCGCACGCUUUUCAGCCCCAGAGAGAUCAUCCCUGCGAGGGCAUGUCGAAUCCGACAGCACAGGUUUGCAUGAGAUGCAAUGUGGAUGUAAAGUAUCUUGGACGAUGUCUUUGCAGAGAAGAUCUGGAGAAGUUGAUGGCCGAGGGCGAGCAGCCGCAAGCCGAGAUGGAGGAAGAGCAGAAUGUCCCGCGUGUCCACGCAGACUCCAAGCACAGGCAUCUGGAUGCCUGCCUACUCAGGCUGAUCGUCGAUAUGUUCCGAGACAUGCAGGAUGUUCAAUUCUACACCGGCGAGUACGCAGCCAAAAAGUUUGAGAUUUCACGAUCCCUGCUGCCCGAGCUGUUUGCAGGAAUACAACGCCUGGAGCAAGAAGAAACCGAACGUCAACGUCAAGACAGCGAGCAAGACGCAGAGAAUGCGGAAGCUCAGCCCGCUGCGCGGUCUCAAGCCACGCAAGCUCGUGCGUUGAGUAUACUGCGCCGUUUGGCUUUCGGCAUGCAGCGCUGUGUCGCGAAGUCAAAUGGCGAGAUGGCGUAUCAACUGUUGUUUCAGCAGGAGCAACUCGUGAGCUACAGCGGGUACAACAUGUUUUUCCGUUUCAUCCCGUACGCCAUCCUCAAGGCUCGCCAGGUGGCGCUGGAAGAAUUGGCCCAGUUGGCGCCUCACUUGCGCGUUAUUCCGUUGGAGCCAGAGGAGAAUCCAGAAGCAAAGGAGGUUCCGUUGCUGGAGGUGGCUGAGGUGGAAGACGCUGAUGCGGCUGCCCCUGCUGGUGAGCACGCCCGACGCACGCAUGUCGUCUCGUACAAUCAAAAAGAUGAUUAUGUGCAUCGUGGCCCCAGCGCUGUUCUGGCUUGCAUGUCAUUAGUGAACUACUCCCGGUUCGUGCGGCGUGUGCCUCGCAACAAGGCCGGCCGCGUAGACUUCCUGCGCUUUUUCCCCUUCGAUGAGCACUACGGGCCAUAUUCCUCUUCUGUCCAGGAGCUUCGAGUUGCCGACGACAACGUGGUCGUGCCCAUGGAUUUGCAUUGGCCUCCAGAGAACGAGAAGGAGAAGCUUGCCUGCCACAUGCUUGGACUGUCUUUCCCAUUCUCUCGUUGCUCUGGUCUUGAAGAUUGUGCCGAUUCCUGGAAGUGUUUCCAGUGCCAUGACCUGGAGCUGCGAGAAGAUCAGGGCUUCGCGCGAUGCCGGUUCUCUCCCAUCUGGCGGCACUGGCGAGCCUGCAUGCAGCUGCGCAAAGCCUUGGCGCAGGAGCGGCUCCUGGCCGGAGCAGCGCUGCCAUGUCUUCGGGAUGUGGUCGGCCUUCGCGAGUGGUUUCCGACAGUCAUGUCUGAAGCCCGCGCGGAAGACGGUGCGCCCGGGGCUCGGGAGGACGCUGUCUUGCGAAAUGUCGCAGACGCGGGCGCGUCGUCUUCGGCAGAUCUUUCGUAUUUCCUCAUGUGGUGUUGGGGUAAGCUUUUUCGAGAUCGCCGCAGUGCAUUUCACGACCUGCCACGAGUGCACGAACGAAUUUGCUGGUUUUUGGACAUUCCAUGUGGAUUUCACUACAGUCAACUCACUCCUCUCGAGCACAUGUCUUACGUGCAAGACACAUGGCUGGACAGAUUGGCUUUGCACCAUGCUGCGAGACAGAUCAGCAGCAGCCAGCGAAGAGCAGAACGCUUUGCGUACGUCAGCAAAGCCGAGGAGGAUGGGGAAGAGGAUGAUGCUGGGCCCGUGGACAUCGAGGGCGACCUGGUGCCAGAGGAUCUCGAGCACGAGGAUGCCAUCGAGCGUGCGGAAUGCGCCCCACACUUGGUGUCCAUGGAUGCUUUGGCAGAGGUUUUGUUUCGCGACAAGGAGUGGAAGAGCGUAAUGGCAGGACGCGAGAACAAGACGAAGGAGGCGCUGUACUGCUUGAAGCGGGUCGUGGAGGAUCUUGGCGGCUUGCCAGACGUCAAGGUGACAGGUGCCGGCGAAAAUUUCCAUGGCGCUGGCCUGCGAAGGGCUUGGAGGCACGGCGACGCCCAGGCGGCUUUUGAGCAGCAGCAUCGGUAUUUGGAGAAGCUCGCAGGAGGCUGGGCAGGCGAAGCGGAUGAUGCCGAAGAGCGUGAGGCGGAAGAGUCAGACAUCGACUGCAACGAUGUCGUCCAGGACGAGGAAGCAGAUCUGGACGCAACAGCGGAUCCUUUUCUGGCUGCGCUGAAUGCGCAAAAUUUGCGGCCCCGCGAGUAUGCCUUGAAGCUCAUCGAGGCAGGAUUCCACAAGUCUACAGGCGCAUUUUUCGUGCAGCCUAGCAUUUUGGAGUUGCGUGUCUGCUUCUCAGCUCAGGAGCACACGCUGAAUGAACAGCAGAUCCGCGCCGUGGCUCCUGUCGUGCACAUCGUGGAUGAGAUGUGGGCGAAGAGAACAGACGCAAGCAGUUGCAAGGCCGACGGCCAGGUCACCGAGCGCGUGAACUGUCUGUGGCUCGGCGCGGGCGGCAGCGGCAAGACCUGGGCCUACACCCGAGUGUUGCGCCCGCUGUUUUUGCGUUUCUUUGGCCAAGACAGGUUCGUGGCGGGCGCGCCCACCCAUGCUGCCGUGAGACUGCUUGGCCGAGAAGCGCGGACGCUGCACAAGCUGGCCAACGUCAACCCCAGCGCCGGUUUGGACCGCAAGUCCAUCCGGUCGCAGAAGGCCAAAGAAGACGCCUUGGAGAGACGCAUCGCGAAGGCGAUGGCCGCAGUGAUCGACGAGCUCUCCAUGACCCCGCCUGACGUGUACCACGCAGCCGGCUAUCGCUUUACCUUGCAGCGCAGCGAUGCCUUGGCGCUGGAUGUUUCCUCCUACUUGCAGGAAUGGUUCGGUCGCAUGCCCAUCGGCGUGCAGCUUGGGGAUUUCUUGCAACUGCGGCCGGCAGCGCAGAAGAGUCUCUGCGAGUGGCAGGAAGCAUCCUCCGCUAUCGACACGGUGGAGCUUCAGAACGAAGAUGAAGACGACCCCCGGCAGCAGGAGAGCAACUCCUCGGAGCUCGGACGCUUGCUCUUCAAGAACUCUGCACGCAUUGUGGUCCAUUUCACGGGCACGGGGCGGUUUUCAACCUGCGCAUCGGGGCAGUCCUUAGUUCGCAUUCUGACCCACAUGAGGCAGGGCACUCGCUUGCCAGAUGAGCUCUGGCAGGAGUUGCAAGCUCGAGUGUGGCGAACCGAGAGCUUGGGCGGCAGGGAUGGUCUUCUGUCGACAUACUGGGGUGGCUUGGCUUGGGAGCAAGUUGCUCGCCUGCAGCACAUACGGGCCAUUUUGGAAGCUCGCGCGGCGCAGCAGCAGCUUUACUUCGUGCAAGCGAUCGACAAGGCCACCAAAGGUCGCAGCCUUUCGCCGGAGCAAGCAAGCGCUGCGCUGAAAGUGGUCAACAUGACCAAAACCGGGUACCUCAUAGGCAUGUGCCCCUUGUUCGUCGGCAUGAAAGUCCGCAUCUCGUGCAAUCUGCCUGAAGCUCUUCUCACAAGGGAGCUGCCUUGCACCGUACGACGCAUCGAGCUGCAUCCGAAGGAGCCGGCAGUGGACGCCAGCGCAGCCUGCGUCGUGCUGCGUUACCAGCCACUGGCCGUGCUGGUGGAGGUGGACGACAAGGAGUAUUAUGAACUGCAAGUGCCUGGUCCUGCGGCUGUUCCCAAAGGGCACUUCUUCGUGCGUCCGGUUUGCGACACCAAUGGCUUCCCUGUUCAAGUUGGCAACGAGCCAAAACUCCAUGUCGUGCGGAAGCAGGUGCCCUUGGCGCCGAGAGAAGUUCUCACGCACUUCGGGCUACAAGGAGUCACUGCUCAUCGUGGACUGGUGGCUUUUCUGAACAAGCCCUCUUGGAUGAAAGAUGCCGACUACGCUUUGGCGCUGUACGUCAUGUUGUCCCGCCCAACGAAAUUGUCGGACCUGAUCAUCGUUGGUCUGCCUGACCGAGAUUGCUUUGAAGGAUUCUUGCACGAGCACAACGGCACGCUCGUUGAGAGAAUGCGAACCUUUGAAGCAAUGUCCGCUCAGAGCAUGCGUAAUGCUCAAGCUUACGUCACCAGGUUAGCUUGGCACCAGAACGACUAUGUCCGGGGCGUCCUUGGUGACGACAUGCGCGGAGAAGCCGCGAGUGGUAGUUGCCUGAAACGGCGACGCGUGACAGGCAAGAGGCCACCUACGGAAGCUUCUUGA